AUGGCUCUGUGUCCCAUGCGCUCUGCUUCGCACGACUAUCGCAUGGGUCCAUAUGACCCUGCCGCCGGGCCAGCCUGCCACCGCCGCGAAAUAGCGGCAACCCAACCCAAAGCAAAGCAAAGCAAAGCAACAAACCCAGGUCAGACGACCAACAGGGAGGCCGCUCGCCCUUCUCUUUCCCACCCACCGGCCACCGCAAACGCAAACGCAAACGCAAAGGUUUUUUUUCUUCCCUUCCCUCCCCUCCUCUCGCCACCCAACCACCACGGAGGUUCCCCCGUCCCGUCCCGCCUCGCCAUGGCCACGUCGUUCGACCGCUGGGAGAAGGACCCCUUCUUCCUCGCCGCCGAGGAGGUCCAGGAGUCCGCCGAUCGGAUGGAAUCGGUGUACAAGAUAUGGGUGCAGGAGAGGAGCGGCGGCGAUUCGGCCCUCGCCGGGGAGGUCGGCGCCGUCGAGCUGCGACGCGAGCUGCACACCGCGCUCGGCACCGCCAAGUGGCAGCUUGAUGAAUUGGAGCGGGCAAUUAGAUCAAACGACGAGGUUGUCUCGGCAGGAAAGGAUACGAGAGCACUGCAUAGCAACUUUGUUGCGGCGAUUGCCUAUCGCAUAUUAGAGGUUGAGAACAACCUGAAUGCAUCCAAUGUCGCGGAGGGGAGGGGCACCCUGAGCUGGAUUCAUUUGGAUGAGAGUGAGCGUGACGACCUUGCGGCUUUCUUAUCUGCAAGCCCUCCUCAACAUCAAGAUAAAGUUGUUACAAUCCCAUCUGCUGGCGAUAUUCAAGUGGGCAGCAACCCAGCAAGGGUGAGGAAAAACAUUUCAGCUGACAGCUCCAAUGAUUCAUCUGGCUCUGCAGACUUGAGUUCAGCGAGAGCAAAAGAAGAUGCACAUCGCGGGCACAGGAGGUCAGUAAGUGCCAGUGCUGAUAUUGGAUCGUCGCCUAUGGCAUUUCCAAACGAACGAGAGGGUGCUGCUGAACAAUCGUCUCUUGGCCCACACAGAGCACCUUUGCUGAAUAUUGUGAAAGCGUGCGGAUUGCCGAGUGCCUUGAAACCUAAGCCUGCAAUUAAGUACAAAAAAGGAGCUGUGAGGUGGGCUCAUGCAGACAAACAUGAUGUUGAAGAGGGAUUGCCUCUCACAAAUCCUCAGUUGAGUCAGGGCUUAGAUGGAUACUCUGAAAGAAGCAUGAGUUACUUAAAUACCUGCGAUGGGGUUACAUACAUUAAGAAACUCUAUGGUUGGUUUGGAGCACUGCGUAAGAAACUUCAGAGAUCGCAGUAUCAAAUUCGAUAUGGACGGCCUGUUCAAUUGACUGUAUUUGCACUUGCUGUUCUCAUAAUAUUUGUGUUUGUAUUCAAGACAAUAUGGUGAGAAAUUUGCAUGUGCUCGUGAUUGGGUUAGAAGCCCCACCAGAUCAGCAUAAGUUGCAUGUCGACAGGAGUGACCAUGCACACAUGUGAAGUUGGGUACCAUGGUAGACUGUUUCUGGUAAUCCAAAUUGAAACAAAUGAAGAAUGAAUGUGGAGCAAUUCACCACGCUACGUCUGUAGCUCAGUGGCUUUGCCAUUGGAUAUGCACUGGACGGUGUGCGCGCGCAUGAUGCAUCUCAAGAUCUCAGUUCUCACAGCGACCAGUUGAUCUUUGCUUAAUGAUAUGCCCUGAACUUUAAAUUAGGGUCAUGCUGCACUGGUGGUCAUGCAAGUGCAACUAGCAACAGAUAUGCGACUGCGGCGUGCCGACUGGUGAUUGUGCUAUUGCCUAUGUGACUGCGGCAUGCCGACUUGAGACUAAGAAGGUUUCUCUUUGGUUCUUUUUAUUGAACCUGUGAUAAUUGGUUUCAGAUAUAAAUAGAGAUUUGAUCUCAAGUGCCGUAGAAGAGGCUAGAACAGUUGCACCGGGAUCUGACUGAACUGUAAUAAUACCUAAACAACAGGGUUAGAAGCUCGUCCAUCCGUCCUGUUUGGUCUGUGGCUGAAUUUAUAAUCUGAAAUUGAAAUGUUGCAGGUGCUAAUGGGCUAUUGAGAAUUCCGCAGAACUGCAUCUUUGAGCAAUUUUACCACCCAUAAACUGGUUUUGUUACUGGUAUCUCUAGCUCCUGGAUAUCUCAUCUGAGCGGGUGCCUCCUGUUGCUAAUAAAUCAGCUGCCCCCUGUUAACUGAAUUGUCUCUCUAGCUAAUUUUCUGUUUCUUUCAAGAGAGUUGUUUUUCUGUUAAGAUACUACAACCAGGAGCAGAUAUGUCAAACCAUUUGAUGUGCAUUCAAGUACCUCCUCAAAUAAAUAAAUAAACUUGCUGGGACUCGCGCAUUUGCGUGGAUUUCCUAUA